CUCAAUCACCAUGUAUGUAAUAAUCCGGUCUGACUGCCCGUUCGCCUGCCCGGUCGUCCGCCCUGUCAUCUUUGGCUUUGUUCGCCCACCAACGCGUAGUUUCCCCGUUGCCCGUGAGUCCAGCUCAGCACCACACAGAGGUUUACUUGACGCAGCACAGCCGGGCAGCACAGGAGCACCUGAAAGAGCCGGGCAGCACAGGAGCACCUGAAAGAGCUUGGCUGCGAGAUGGCAUUCUGAAUAAUGAUCAAUCUGUAGAUGGGAGAGUAGGGACGUUUGUUACGACGUUCGAUUGACUUUUUCGGUCGAGCGUCGAUCUGGUGCAGUGCGUGACUGUGACUUACAGAUCCUGCGCGAAUGGGCGACGAAGGCCCGCCAUCCAUCCAGAGACUGGAGGAGGUGAGAUGGGGAAUGAUUGGAUGCGGCAGCGUGACAGAGCUGAAGUCAGGACCCGCGUUCUCUAAGAUCGCGGUUUCGAGCCUCGUGAUCGUCAUGAGGAGGACGAAAGGCUUGGCGGAAGAUUACGCCAAGCGCCAUGGUGUACCCCGCUGGACAACGGACGCCAAUGAAGUCAUCCAUGAUCCAGAGGUGAAUGCUGUCUACAUCGCCACCCCUCCAAGCUCGCACGCAGAAUAUGCCAUCAAAGUGGCAAUGGCGGGGAAACCAGCGUACGUGGAGAAGCCGAUGGGGAUCUGCUACAAGGAGAGCGAGCGCAUCCUGGAGGCCUUCAAAACAGCGGGACUGCCGCUCUUUGUCGCAUACUACCGCCGAUGCCUGCCAAAUUUUGUCAAAGUCCGAGAGCUUGUCAGAACAGGUGCAAUAGGUCAGGUCAGGGCACUGCAUUUGCAGCUUCACAGGCCCGCCAAGGAGACUGACGUGAAGUUGGCUGCAACUGCUGCUGCAGCCGCAGCAGCAGCAGCAGCAGGAGGAGGAGGAGGAGGAGGAACAGGUGAGGUGGAGGGGUUACGAAGACCCUGGAGAGUCGAUCCGCUUGUGGCGGGAAAAGGUGGAUAUUUUCGAGAUUUAGCAUCUCAUCAGCUUAAUUACCUCGAGUAUGUUUUCGGUCCCGUGGUCCACGUGUCGGCUAUUGCACGCAACCUAGGUAAACUUUACCCGACGGAAGACACAGUAAUGGCAAGUCUCGAGUUCGAGUCCGGCGUGGUUGGUACCGGAAACUGGUGUUUUGCGUCGUCGAAGGCGGGUGACUGCGAUUUCUGCGAGAUCUACGGUGAUCACGGCAAGAUCCGUUUCAGUUUCUUCCAAUCGUCUCUGAUAGAGGUUGACAGCGGGGGGGCUACGCGGACAGAGAUGGACUUGCCUUACCCUCCGCAUGUGCAGCAACCUCUCCUGCAGACCGUCAUGGCAGCGCUCAGAGGCGAGGGGCUCUGCCCCAGCACAGGAGACGCAGCCGCACAAACGGACCGAGUUCUGGAUGCUAUUCUUGGGGAUGCCGACGGGCAUAUCGAGGAUGGCAAACGGUUGGAGGGCGGGUGUGUGACGGAGUGGGAUGGAAUGGGAUGCAUCAGAACAGCGAUUUUGGUGGUGAUUGGCUACUUGUCUGACACCUUGUUGAUGCCGUCAUACUCUUAGGAUUGCAGAUGACGGUGGCCAGAACGAUGCUGGAAAGUGCCAGGGCUUGGUUGUGCUGCCCUGUAACCCGAGUUGGGUGGGGGCAUGAGGCCUGGUUGUUCUGGGGCGGGUCGCACCAUCCUGUAACCCAGCAGCUGGGGAUGUGAGCCCUGGUAGAGGCUAGGUUGUUGAGAACAUGAGGGUUGAGAUAGGUUAGGAUAAGCUGCUAAAAGGCACUAGGGGAGUUUGGUUUUGAUGCUGUAAAUGCCUCAAAGCUCCUGUGGAAUAAGCGUAGGUAAUUCAAGGUACUUCAAUAGAUUCGUAGUCUCUUUAUAGUCCUCCUGAAAUUGUUAGUUGGUUCAUAAUUGCUAUCCCCAGCUGAAUUUCUCUUUUCUUCUCUUCUCUUCUCUUUUCUCUCCUCUCCUCUCCUCUUCGCUCCUCUCCUCUCCUCUCCUCUUGUGCCCCCCAAAGUUCAGUACGCGGUCCCUCUAUGUGUCUGAACAUUCUCUACGAGCUCCUAGAGGCAGUGUCUACUGACGUAGACAGCACCCUAGCCCAGCUCUUGUUCACGU